AUGGGACCUUCGCACUCCACUACUCCUGCCGCUUGGUACACAAAUAUGGCUAAGGAUGACUUGGCCAACGCGGCAGGUGCCAUCAUAGCAGUCCCACCAUCCCCUGAACCGGACUACUACAACCAAGAGCCAGAUUAUCAACACGACCUUUAUGCUGACCUUCUGUUUCGACCAAUCGGUUAUCAACUCACUCAUACUUUGCCUCUUCAGUAUCGCGAUGAUGGCUUCAGUGAGUUGCACUCUUGGUAUGCUCAGAAUCAGCACAGAAUUGCGUCGGAACAAGUCCAAAUGCCUCAGGUACAACCAGUAUACAUGCCUUAUUCAGGCCUCUAUGCAGUACCUACCCAUGACAAUACCCAAGUUCCUCCAUUGCAACGCCCUGAGGCACGACCUCGACUACACCCACGUGCGAAUCUCCUGCACUCUUCUCCUGAACAGCUGAUAUCUCAACUACCACCCUUUCAGAUAUCUCCGUCAAUCCAGGAGUGGCCAACACACAACUUGAGAAUGGAUGAGACUGCCCGAAAGAAACGAGAAGAGUUCCUACAAAAUGAAGAAGCAAAACGAGUUGAACAGGCACAAAGGACAGAAUCAGCAUGGUCAACACGGUACAGUAUGCCUCCUGUACCUCCUUCUUAUCCUCAGAACUAUGGAUAUCCUCAGAACCGCGGAAAGCGCAAGUCCCGUGAUGAAGAUUUGCAAGCGCCUUCUAAACCUCCGCGACGUUUUCGCACCCUUAUUCCAGGCCCUGAACCUGAGGGGGUUCCUCGAUCCUACUAUCCAUGCGGGACUCAACAUGUUAUUCGGUCUCAGGCGCCGGGUCCUGAUCCUUCGUACAGUUUCCGUCACUCUGUCUAUGAUCCCGUGCGCGCUGCUAAUGGAGAGAAUCAAUCUUACAGUUCUUCUCUCGGUCAUGGAUCUUCUGCCGGAAGGCUAAGUCUGCAACCCCAAGUGUACGCACCUGCUCCACCACCCCGCUACCCUAUCCCUAUCUCAUCAUCAUCCCAUCGCUAUGCAACUUCCCAUGUGCAGCGGCCCCUGGAUAAGCCACCGCUCCAUGGCCCCUCAUCGAGCGAAGAAACCCGACAGCUUAUUACAGACAAGUACGAGGCCUAUAAAUGGCCAGUGUGGCAUUUUGAGCUUCGCUCGGGCGCCAGGUUCGACUUUGCGCAAUCGUACAUUGACGAUUGGCUCGAGAAAACCACUUCCUUUCCACAGAAAUCCAAGUGGCACUGUCAUAUAACCACUGGUUUCAUCAAGGGAGGUACCAGGUUCUCUGUUCUCGUACUCGACAAUGCAGCGAACCCAUUCCAAUGGGGCCCGGCCGCUGAAACCACGACGAGCAUCGGUGUAUACGGCCGCUACGCGCAUACGCACGAAGAGAUACGCUGGACGACCAUCACUCCGUGGCGAGUAGCCUCCUUUAGAGAAAAUUCAGACUUUAUUCUGAUGGACAAAUGGGAGUUUGACAUGCCCAAGGCCAGCGAUCGCCGCUUCCACCGCGCCUACUGGCUUGCGGCCAACAUGCUGCCACUAAAAGGAUUGCUCAAUCAUUGCAUUCCACACGAGAAGCCGCAUGAUGCGCCUAAGGAAGGUGACGCCGAUGAAAAGUUUGAGAUUAAAACGGAAGAUUUGCAAUGCACGUGGAGUAAUGGGCAAAUGCCAAAGGAAGACUGCGAAAAGGUGUGGCAGAAGGUACUUGACGAGAUCGAAGGCAAAGAGAUGGAGCAGUUGGGAUCGGAUCAUAUUACUGUUGGUGGCACGGAGCGGGAGUACGAGGUGGACUGAGGACUGUGUAGGAAGAUAUUUGUCUUGGAUCGGCG